UCUGUGGACCUGUUUGAACAAGUCAGUACUAACAGCCUUUUUAUGACUCUUUAAGUAUUUAUCCCUCUCAUCGUUAUACGUUCGCUACCUUCGGAUGUUUAUACUUUUAUCUGAAAAAAGAACAAGAAAAAAUUCCAUUUUUACAUCGGUUUUUAGUCACAUUUUCUUCUUAAUUAAUUGCUCGAUAUUGAUUGUUGAAAAAUUGUGCAUUUGAAGUAAAUUUGAGAGCACGAUAAUUUCAAAUCGAAUGCACAAAAUCUAAAGACCUCUGACUUCUGACUUCUACUGACUUGAGUAUUCUUUUAAAAUGCUCAAUGUCGGAGUUAAGCACCUAUAAGGAGGUAAAAAUAAAACAUUUAAAAAUAAAGUCACUGCUCUUUUCGGUUUUCGCUUAUUUGGACUCAAAUUAACAAACCAUUGAUUAUCCAGUAAUUCGGAAAACGGAAAUACAUCCAAACAAUUAUGCAUCAAAUUAUUGCGAAAACGAGCAAACGUAAAGAGGGUACUCUUUCUUAAACUAAAUUGUGAGGCAUUUGAUGGUCCGAGGCGUCAAAAAUUAGCAACCAGACAUCAAACAACCAUUUCUGUUCCUACUUCUGUUAUGACAAACGCAUCCUUCGUUCGAGGUUAAUCGAAUGAAAACUGUCCACAGCGCUCCAAUGGAAAUCGACAAGGAAUCGUUGUUGCCUUCGUUCGUUAAAGCCUCGAGAUCUCUUAAUCUUGAGAAUCAAAAAAGUGACCAAAGGAUGCAUUUCGGCAAAAUAAGGAAUCAUUAUUUUUUACAUGCCUCAAAAAACAAUAUAAAAUCACCAUCAAUUACUUCUUUACCAUUCAACAUCUUCUCGAAACACAACAAAAUGUUCCAUAAUUUUACCAUCUGGAGCAGAACAAGACGUCGGAAAAAGAUCAGGAAGAACUUUUUUAAUAUUAGCGCAAUUUCGAAUUUGGUAAUCUCACUUACUUUAUUAGCCUCGUUUCUAUUAAAUUUACCGCUAACAAGUGCUCUGAAAGCAUCAUCAUUAUCAUCCGCUAAUUUUUGGCAAUCAUCACAAUCCUCAUCAAUGAGCAGACCUCCGGCUCCCAAAAACUGCAAGGGAGUGCUAGGGUGUCUGCCGAACCAAUUCCAAUGCCAUAAAUCAUGCAAGUGCAUCGAUGCUAGUAAAGUUUGUGACAACAGCUUCUUGGACUGCGGUAAUCGAGACAUAUCAGACGAGCUUGAAUCUUCAUGCGCCUACAGACCUAAGAAUUUGCUGCCCUCGGCUGCUGCCAAGCACGAUUGCCCUGAGGAUUCUAUGUACUGCGAGCAAGUCAGCAAAGGAAGCGGUAACUGCCUCCAAUCUUUCUGGUGGUGCGACAACGAACAGAACUGUGUAGACAGUCAAGAUGAACACCCGGAUCUUUGCGGCUGCGGGUAUGGGUACAAUAAAAGCAAAGACAAUGACAACAUUUGCGUCAGAGACUCGAACUGUGCGCCUGGGCUUUUCACAUGUUUCACUCCUGAAGACACUUUAUUAUGUUUUCACCCUUUGUUUGUGUGCGACGGUAAGCCCGACUGUCCUCUCGAAGAAGACGAGUUCCCGUCGUUCUGCGAUGAGGGCUGCGACAGCUCCGAGAGUGAUUGCGGUUCGGAGAAAACCGAAUGCGUUCACCAUUUCAACAUAUGCGACGACACCAAAGACUGUUUCUCGGGCUUAGACGAGCCCGACUUUUGCCAGCAGACGAAAUCAGCGAAGAAACCCGAAGGCAUUUUCGAAUGUGGAAAGAAGUCAAAUCGAACUGCUAUUUACUAUAUUGAUGACAAACUGCUUUGUGACGGAGUCAAACAAUGUCAGGACGGAUCGGACGAAUCAAACUGCGACAUUUUCUCGAAUGCUGAGUGUUUGCCAACGAGUUGUCAUCACAAUUGCCGAAAGAGCGGUCAACUAGGAGUUGAGUGUUACUGCGACAAAGGUUACACCUUAGCCGAAGAUUCCUUUUCGUGCAUUCCGCCAAUUAUGCAGCCUGAUCCGAAAGGUGAAGGGGAAAAACUAUACGCUAUACUCGAAACUGGAGACAUUCUCGAACUGAGCUUGGAUUCAUAUGGAAAUUCAAUUCUGGACGGCAAAACUGUCAUGCAGAGCAACUCAGCUAGAAAUAGUCCAGUUACCAUUUCGGCCAAAGAUAAUUUCGUGAUAGUUUUCAACCACAUGACGAAUUUGAUGGCGCUGGACGUUAGCCAGAUGAACAGCAACAAGAUUCCUGGGUAUACUUUAGUUGAAAAUUGGGUGGAUUCAUAUUUGGUCACAUCUCUCAAUUAUGACUCAGUACACGAGUUACUUUACUGGAUCGAAGACGAAAAAAAUCAACAGUUUUCUUCAAAAUUGAAAGUAGCAAAUCUUAAACUUCCAAGUACAAAUCAGGAGUCGAGUAAAGCUAUAGAGUAUUCCAAUUUCAACAGAUCGACAAUAUUUCAGGGCAGGUAUGACAAUCAUACGCCUGAAGAUUGGCGGUGUUUUACAUCACUCGUUUUGGAUCCUUAUAAAGGUCGUUUGUACCUCGCGAGUAAAUUCCAGAAUGGCUCCGGAGUUAUCGAAGCAUACAAUCAAGACGGCUCCAAAUUAGGAUCAGGUGACGUUCUGUACUUUGGAACUGAGUCUCAGCCGGAGAACUUGAAAGUUGACAUCAAAAGAGACUUUCUGUAUUUUAUGGAUAAAAAAGGACUGGAGCUGAAGAGAAUUCCGAUCGGUAAUGAUCAAACUGGUUCCCGAAAGCCACGAUCGGCAGACAUUUUGAAACAGAUGAACGAUAGAGUUAAUCAGAGAAUUUUGACGUUUGAGGUAUUAGCCAAUCAAAUCAUAUAUUCGGACGAAGCACGAAUAGCUUUUUAUUCGUUUGGUCCGCUGAGUAAUUUUAAUGCAGACUCCAAAUUUGACCCACAACAUUAUUCCUCAAUGGGCGCUAAAAUUAUCCAAAAAUUACCUAGUGGUUUUGCUCCAGUUCAAAUGACAACUUCGAGUAAUUUGCCGGCUAUUGAAAAUGAAGAAUCAAAUCGUAAUCAAUACGGGGAGUCUACGAAUCCGUUUGGCUGUGACGACGACCCUAUUUGUAAAUUUGACAUCGGAAUCUGCCUGCCCCGAGGUCAAAUAAGGUCAACUUGUAUGUGUCCAGAUCACACCUUGAAGGACUCCAGAAAUAACGUAUGCAAACGAAUAAUCGAGUCUUUUGUCGUCAUAGCAACAAAACAAAACGAACAAAUUGAAAAACGAGAUCUAAACGGCGAGAAUCGAGUUGUAAUUGCGGAUCAAGUCAGUGCCAAAGAACUUUACUUCGACGAAGAUUUCUUGUAUUGGAUUGACGAUCGAUUCAGUUCACACAGUUCAAAGGGGGGCUCCAGUAUUCAAAGGGUGCCCGUAUUUGACAUUAAGAAUCAAAAGUCAUCAAACUUCAGAUUGCUACCUACAACAAUCGUAGCCGACUUAGACAGACCGUUUUCAUUAGGCGUUGACAGCACUCGGAAUGUUAUUUUUUGGUCAGAUUUGGUGCGAAAAACUAUUGAAGUUGCGUUUCUUUCUGAGCCAAUACACAGCAAUGUUUUAUUAUCGCGAGAAAAAUCGCCUCGACAUAUAGCACUGGAUCUACUAAGCGGAUUGAUAUUCUGGAGCGAGGAAAAUAGUCGAUCGAUUUGGCAAGCUAACAUGGACGGGUCGGACGUAAAAGUAAUUAUAACUGCAGUUAACUGUUGGCCUGACGAAAUCAAGUUUGAAGCAGUUUUAUCGCAGAUUUAUUUCAGCUGCAGAAGAGCCGACGGCAAAAAAUGGUUGUACGUUGGAAGCGCUGGCGAGACGCAAAAUUUUGAAGUACCUUUGGGAAACUAUAUCAACGAGAACAAAAACUGGUGCUUCACAAUUUUCGAGCAAAAUGUUGUAAUUGCCCAUUCACACGUGAAAAGUUACACCAAACACAAUGGAGAAGAAUCUGACGCAGUUUCCUUCGCGCAGAAUUUGAACGAUGAAAUUGAGCGAAUUGCAGUCUACAAACAGGAAAUGUUGCAGCAAGUAUCAGACCCAUGUGAGAUAGCUAAGUGCUCUCAAAGAUGUCUGAAGGUGUCGGUUUCGCCCUACUUUGGAUGUACCUGUUUCUUUGGGUACAAGUUAAGCUCAGACGGUGUAAGUUGUCACGAGCGUCAGGAUUCGGAUAUUCUUUUGAUGUCUCACGACAGCGGGGUUAAACUCGUCUACCUCAAGGACCGGCCAUUACUAGCUGGAGAGGUGAGUUUACCCGGACGCAAAAGUAGAAUCGGCGAGUUUGAUUUUGACCCCAGCCAGAAGCAUUUGUACUAUUUGGCGUCGGAUUAUCAAAAACCACCGGAACCCAUAAGGAGAGUUCAUUUACUCACGGGGAAGUUGAGUCAAGUUUACGCUGAAGGCGAAGAUGUUACCUCAUUCGCUCUCGAUAAAAUUGGCAGAAAGUUAUACUACGCCGAACGAUUCUGCAAAUGCAUCAAAGUUUCAGAACUCGAUUUAUUCGAGGGAGAGGAAAAACUGCGGACAAAAACAAUUGUUUCAUCGCAAGUUGGCGAAGAUGCCGUGUUUGGUUUGAUGAUCGAUCACAAUGACGGAUAUUUAUUCUGGACGCAAGAGUUCGGCAAUUAUCGAACGGUAGAACGAAUCGAUUUGAACGGCCGAGACGGAUCCCGGAAACAAAUUACGGCACAAAUUAAAUCGACCCAAGAUUUAGAGUAUCCAGCAAUAGAUGCUGAAAAUAACGAGAUCUACUACAGCUUCAAAGGGAAAAUUGAGAGGGCAUCUUUGCAGUACCCGAACGGCGUGCACAAGUUCGAGGAUGUUUUGGACAAAUCCGAUGUUUUUGGGAUUUCCUACCUCAAAGGAGUUCUGUACUUUGGAUCUCGCCCUUCUCUGUCGCAUACAAGUGUUCACACGUAUCAGACAUCAAGCAAUGAUAAAUAUCCCUCUUACAACUCGGGAACACGUAGCAAUUCAUUUUUGCUGAAAGAACUGAUUUCCCAUCAGCUUUUCAGCGUGAAUCACUUACAUGCGUACACAUUUGACGAACCACGUGAACAGAUUACCAACUUCUGCGACCGGAUGUCUCUAAAUGGUCAUUGCGAAUUCAUGUGUCUUCAAACAACAUAUUCUGACGAAACCCCAAAUAAGUUUUCAUGCGAGUGCCCGGACGGCGUGAAGCAACUUCCGCCCGGAAACUUAUGCGAAAAACAGCCUGGAGAUUUUGUAUUGCUACCUUCUGACCGAAUUUUCUACCCUGGCUCACAAAUCAAAGAUUUAGACUUCACAUUCCCAGAAAUUGUGGAACCGUACAGCGUGGAUUUUUUGUAUCGACAGAAGAGAAUCUUCAUAGGAACUAAGAAUAGCGGUGUGUUUUCCAUGGAUUUCAAUGGCAAUGAUAUCCAACAAGUCUUGCCUGUGAUUGAAGAUCUACAGCAAAUUGCGAUAGAUUGGACAACAGAAAAUUUAUUCUGGCUCAGCAAACAAGGCUUAAGUGUUAUUAGAAUCGGUGGUGAUAUGUCAGAUGCUAAAACACUUAUGAAGGCGAGUGAAAAUCGGCUGAAGAAACCAAGAGCUCUUGCAGUGCACCCCUUCCGGGACUUGGUAUUUUUUUCAGACUACGGUCAGCCUCAAGCCCUGAUUGGUAAAAUAAACAUGGACGGAUCCGAGUACCAGACAAUCGUGGCGAACUAUAUAACUUGGCCGAAUUCUCUUGCCAUCGACUUCAGAUUUGAUAGGCUUUAUUGGAUCGAUUCAAGCAAACAUAAAAUUGAAAGCGUCUCUUUGGAUGGAACUCAAAGACGAACGAUUCUGGAGAGACAUUCACCAGCUGUACGUUUGGAAGCGAUGACAUUUUUCAACGGAAGUUUCUUCUACACACGAAGUUUUUCGAAAGGAAACAUGAACUUGCAAAUGUUUAACCUAACCAAAUGCGAGGCUUCCUACGAGCAGUAUGGACAACCAACCACUAAAUGUGAAGAUUUGCACAAGGGAUACUUCACGACUCAAAGCGAAUACAAACCGAAGUCCGUUAAAGUGGUCUCGGAAAUUGGGCAGCCAAUGAAGCCUCCAAGAAGCAUCGAGGGACGAUUGAGUGGCUGUAAUGUUUUAGCUAACCCUCGUGAAUGUGAUUAUAUUUGUCUAAGUAAUCCUCAGCUAAUAACAUGCGCAUGCCCCGACCGAAAAAUGUACCCCAGCAACUGCAUCGAAAAAACGAUUAUGCGACCGCAAUUGCAUUCAACAUAUGCGACCGAAACUCCAGCUCCUAAAACUUUAAAUUCCGACAGUCACGAUAGCAGUCCGUUUGCAUUCGAGCUGAAGUUAGUCAUGAUAGUUCUGGUCAUAAUCGCGGUCGUAGUGAUAAUACUCAUGAUUGCGAUUUUGCUUCUCAUCAAGAAGCAUAUGAUUGCAGCACCACCCUCACCGCAUCGGGCAAUUUUCACCAACCACGAUAACCAGCCGGCCGCCACAGUUAUUCUACACACUCAUCAGUAUCCGCCAUUAGGUCGCGGAGGUGCUUUGCCCCCCUUCGGAGCAGGGGCAUUCAAUCCACGUCCCCCUCUGGGAAGACAGUCGAGGAGCAAUGUAUACCAAGAUCUUCCGGUUCGUACCAGCUUGCUACCAUUUAAUCAGGAGGUCAAAUUUGCACCCGGUCGUUCUUUUCCACCGCUCGGAGCUCACCGGUUUUGCAAACCCAGCUUCAUUCCCGGACAUGUGCACUCAGAACACAAUCCACCACCUUACAGUCCGAGGAGCGAGAGUUCGAGACAGGGAUCCACCGGCGGCAGCAGCCAAGGUAGCAGCGGGAACUACCAACACUUAUACUCUGUCCAGCCAAAUAUUCCAAACAUGCAGCACCACUUAAACAGAUUGGCAGCAGUCACUGGCCACCCGCCGCCCCUUGGCCCGUUCUUAGUAGGCGGUCCUGGAGGGAGUUACUCAAACGCGACAACUCCGAUGACGUUCAGUGAAAAUUCAUCCGAAGAUUCCCAGCAACACAGUAACGACGAAAGCAGCACAGCUUGAAGAUCACAAUUUUUAAGCUAAAAUGCCAAAAAGAAAAGUAAAUAAAUUGAAAAGCCAACGAU